CUUCCUGUUGAUGCAAAAAUUGCAGCAGCAACUGUCUGACACAUCUGGACUGGAGAGGGGGGGAGGCCUGGCUGUAGUGUUAGCGAACUACUGAGGGGAAUGGACAACGUUUAAUGCUAAUCUGCAAGACGGCUGUCAAACUGGAGAAACAUAUCCAAGAAAUGGACGACGACAGCUACAUCGAAUUUGAUGUGCCGGAGUUCAGUAACACUGUUCUGACCCAGCUCAAUGAGCUGCGGCUGCAAGGGAAGCUGUGUGACAUCAUUGUUCACAUUCAGGGCCAACCAUUUCGAGCCCACAAGGCUGUGCUGGCAGCUAGUUCACCCUACUUUCGUGACCACUCAGCUCUCAGCACCAUGAGUGGCCUUUCCAUCUCGGUCAUCAAAAGCCCUGAGGUAUUUGAACAGCUUCUUGCAUUUUGCUACACAGGCCACAUGUCUCUGCAGCUCAAGGAUAUUAUCAGUUUCCUCACUGCUGCCAGCUUUCUGCAGAUGCAGGCCAUCAUUGACAAGUGUACCCAAAUCCUGGAGAGCAUCCACUCCAAGAUCAGCCUCCCAGUUAGUGUCUGUAGCCCAGAGAAGGACGACAUGCAGACCAGCCGUAAUGGGGUCAAUGAUAGCAACCUCUUUGUAAACCCUACCCAGAUCUCCCCCCCUUACUACUCCCGGCAGAGCCAGGCAGGACAUGGCUUGGGCCGGGGACGACAGCAGCAAGAGGAAGGCCAAUCAGACCGUGGCAGUAGUGAUAGUGUGUCAGAGCAUGAUACUCCCAUGGAGGGAGAAACAGAGCAAGUGGAACUGAUAGGCAAAGAUGGGCAAGUAACAGAUGUGCACGUGAAGGUAGAGAAGACCGACAGGCCCACUUACUCAGAUAGUUCUUCAGCGGGUGAUGAUGGUUACCACACAGAAUUGGUUGAUGGAGAACAGGUAUUGGCUGUUAGUGUGGGUUCUUACUGUCCUGUUAUCCAGCCUGCUGCCUAUUCUUACUCAGGGCUGUCCUCCCCAUGCUUUGUCAACCUUAGCAGCUCCAGUCCUUCUCGCUCCAUGCUCAGUGGCUUCAGGGGUGGGCGAGCCAGGGCAAAGCGCCCCCUGGCCAUCCCAGCAGGAGUGUUGAGUCAUAUCAAACCAGGCUCAGAUGACAGCGAAUCAGCUGUGGGACCCACAGGGUUGGAGAAUGAUGUGCGAGAGCGUAGCUUGCGGAGCCAGUGGUACCCCUACAAUGAGAGACUCAUUUGCAUCUAUUGUGGAAAGACCUUCAAUCAGAAAGGGAGCCUGGACCGCCACAUGCGCCUGCACAUGGGAAUCACUCCUUUUGUUUGCAAAUUCUGUGGCAAGAAGUACACAAGGAAAGACCAGCUGGAGUACCACAUCCGUGGCCACACGGACAACAAGCCCUUUCACUGUCAGAUCUGUGGCAAAUGCUUCCCAUUUCAGGGCACCCUUAACCAGCACCUGAGGAAGAAGCACAUGGGAGCAUCAGAGGUCAGCAAUCAUAUGGACUCUCCAGAGAGGACGGAGGGAAGCUCAGGUCAGAAGGACCAAGAGGAUACGUCUGAGGGGAUGGCCUUUGAGGCGCAAUAUGCAGAAGAGGCACCAGCCAAUGAAAUAGAGGAAAGUUCAAAAUGCAGCCCUGAGGAGGCCCAAGCAUCGAGAUGUGAUUUUUAGGUCCUGCUUCAGGUUAAGGAAGCUUUAAAAAAAUGUUUAUCUCAACUCAAGUUAAAGGACUUUUUCUUUUUGAAUCAGCUCCCUCUACUAUGGACAUUUCUCGCAUAAAGGGUUUCUGUCAGUUUUGUGAAAGUUAGUUGUUGAAUGCAGAGAGUAAAUGGGUGCUUUCCAGAAAUUUGAUUCUUUCAAGCAAAGGGAGUAACAACUUACUAUUGAGGAGGUCCCAAUAAUCAAGACCCCCUAAUUGAUUUCUCUUUUUAUCUUUCCAUGUUUUUUAAAACAUAUUUACAGAGUUAUAUAGGCAUGUUGCAAUAAUUGAUAAUGUGAAAGCUCUGGUAAGAUGUUUGUCAUAUCACCUUUUUACCUGACCUGUUUUUGCACAUGUGGCCACAGGAGGUCACUUACUCACAAGGAAUGAUUUUUCUGCCAGUGCAAAGCUUCGUGUGACAUAUCCGUUCAAUACCUCAUGAUGCAACUACAUACUCAUAACAGACAGUAUUUUAACUUAAAUGAAACUCACCAGGUUCUACCUCAUAGCCAAGAACCUACCAGGCACAGAUGUGUUCACCGUUUGAAAUCUGUUUUAGGUUGUAUGUACAGUAUCUUAUUGCCAAACCUUGUAAAGAAUAUUCUCUCAACACAAAGCCUUGAUACUUAGGGGAAAUAUUCCUUGCUGAUUGUAUGGAUCGGGGACAAAGUCCUUGUCAAUUGUUUCAUGGUCAGCCAGGUUAAAACGAUGAUUAAGAAGGUGCUAUGUUAGGAGUGCAUUAAAUUUGCUAGCGUACUUGUGUGUUGGUUUUUGGCAAAUGCAGAGAACAGAGUAAGAGAAUGGCCCUGCAUACUUUCAAGCUAUGAUUUUGCUGUCUUAUACCGUUCGUUCUACAAAACACUUAAGGAUUUUAUCUCUCAUCACUACUGGAGAUCUCACUCUGUUGGCCAAGGUGGUUUUAGAUGCUUUCAUCCAUGUAAUGGGUGAAUUACGUCCAUACAGUCAAGUCAUUUAUAUUCCUCUAUACUCUGAUGGCAGAUUUAUACUGAACUAUUGUAUGUAUUUUUUUCCUGAGGUAGGCUUCUAGGUCAAUACUCAGCGUCUAACUGGGACAAGAGUACUCACUGUCAACUCAGCACAGGAGGAACAGCUCUGGAACUGUUCACAUAAAUCAGUAUAGUAUACUAGUCUGAAUAAUAUGCAAACAGAAAGAACAAAGGAAUCUCAGCCAUUUUGACAUGGUUUUUCUUACAUUAUUUAAAAGAGCUAUUGGUUUGUUUCCUUUUUUCUUAUUCUGUCCUACCUUUUAUGAUGGGAUGAUUGACCUUUGUUCUCUGCAUUGGUUGGGAUCAAAUGCAGACUUGGAACAUGUUUUCCUUAUUUUAUCAAUCCUACUUCAUGGCGUUGACAUAGAUGCGGCAUAGCUAGUUUAAGGCUAAAAGGUAAAUGUUGUUAGAGGUAGCUGGUGAUCCAAAGUAUUUAUGCACUUUGCAGAGUUAGUGAGUGGGAUGGGAGCUGUACUAGUGAUAAAAUGUACUAAUCUCUGUUUUAAUUCUGAUGCAGCAGCAGCAGUGUCAGAGUAGUACUUGUUUCACAGCAGCGAUUUUUUUUUUUUUUUUUUUUUUUUUUUCAGUAAAAAUGUUGUGAAGUUUGAUAAGACUCUGCAAUCACAUAAAUACUAACGUCUACAAAUCUUGCAUAUGGCAACAUUGUAUUUUAUCUAUAAUAUUAGAACCAUGGGGAUCCGGGAUGGGGCUGUUUUUAGCAUAUAGAGAGUUGGUUGUAUUUCCAUUCUGAUUUAAAAGAAUCUACAUUCACAGUAAAUACAGAAAGGCAUUUAGAAGGCCUGAUUGAUUAUCUUGUCGAUAUUCUGCAAAUUUAAAGCUCAGCUGGGUGGUUCCUUUUGUGCUGUCCUGCUUUCUUUUUUACCAUCCAGCUAUUUAAUGCCUUUUUUGAAGAGAACCUGCUAAAUGCUUUUAUUCUGUCCUAUCUGGUCCAUGAUGAAUUUGUGUCAAUUAAUUGAGUUUGAUUAUUUUACAGUUUUCAUAUAAUUUCUACUUGGUGUGUGUUUGGUGGGAGAAUAUUGAAUUUUGUUGCUCAUGUCCAAUGUUACGUCAAGAGUGCAGUCCGAAUGUGCGGUCGUCGUUUUCACUCGUUGACAGUUAAGAUAGCAAUCCAAAAUUUAGGAUAUUUUGCAAAGAUCGGUAUAGCUAGCUUUUCGUUAUUUUUUUGUGUAAGGAUUAAUCACAAACACUUUUGGUCAUUAUCACCCACAGUCUGUCAACCUAUACCUAUAGAUGAAUGUUUACUAAAUCAAGUUUAUUUCUGUCAGCCGCUGUUAUGAUGUGCAGGUUUGACAGCCGAUCUGACCUCAGCAAAAUCAGUCGCUGACUAUUUGAUUGAUUUUGAUUCUGCCUAUGAUGAUUCUUGCCAUUCACUUAGAAAAAAAGGAGGAAAUGCAUACUGUCUUGCAUAAUUGUCGGUAAUGUUUUGUGAGUAAUAGGCACAAACUGCUAAAACAAUUUCGUGCCAAGAGUUCACACCAAAGACUAAUAGGUGAUUUUUAACAGUAUGUUUUGACUGUAUUGCAUAAUUGAAUGCUCAUUAAGAAGAAUAGGUUUUUAAUUUAAUGUAGGACUAGUCCAUUGCUAUUUGCAAGGAAUGUAGGCCUCCCGGCUUAUAACAAUCACUUGUGUAAAAUUUGAACAAUUUGCUAAGAAGACAUUAAGCAGCAAAAUCAUAAAGAACAUCAUAUAUAUUAAGCCAUACAAAAGCUGACGAUAUAAAAGUUGUGCAAUACGUAUUGUAAUUGUUUAAAGCCAAUGUAAACAACAGAGAGAAUACUUCACAAAAAGUGGCAUCUUAAACUUAGUGCCUUGCCACAAGCUUUACAUUUUAGACUCUGGCACUUAGACUCCUGUGCCUCUUUCAUUUUUAAUUUGAUUGACUAGAGAGAUUAUAACAAAAUAUGGCCACAUCAUUUAUUGUAAAGUGGUACCAAGAAUGAAUAGAAAUAAAUUAAUGUCAUUGUUGUCCAUUUUGUAGUUUUUAGUCCUGCCCCCUGUUGUUGCUUAUAAUAAUUUGAUUUAGGGUUUUUUUGUUUGUUUUUGUUUUGUUUUGUUUUGUUUUUUGUCAUGGGAUGGGAAACAGAUUAAACUGAUUUUGUAGCAAUUGAUCACAAUCAAAUGAGGCAGACUUGUUCCCUGCAAGCCAUUGCCCCCAUGUUUAGAGACUAUACUGUAUCCCUCCUCUCCAGCCACUGAGGACAAUCUUAGUAAUGUACUGUAGUUGUAGGCAUUUCAAUGAAGGAAGGAGAUGCAUGAGAAACAAAUCUACUUCCUCCCUGUUCUCUUGGAGCAUCUUGCAGGGGAACAGCUGGUAAUAAACUGAAUAUUUGUGGAGAAACAAAAAAGCUUCCCUCAUAUACUGUAGCUGAAUUGCACGUUGCCCAACCACAAAAUUGUAUAAAAUUGCCAAUGGAUAAUUUUUAACUUGAGUUUUCUUUUAAUUGUGUCAUCGAUUGUGCACUUACAGUUUUUCGUUGACAGUACGUACCAAUUCCAUCCAGGAAGUAUAGUUUUUUCUCAGUAGUUACCCUUAAGGGACUCAGCUAUAAUGGCCUCAAUCACUUUGGUAGGGACCUUUUCCCCUUAAAUGGUGCUUUUAGACUAGUCAGGUUAUAGAUUUUUUUCAUAUCAAGAGUAAACAAGUCCAUGUCUUCAUCAUAGGUGAAAGGAGGGGAAAUUGUUUAAAUGCUUUUCAUGAACUAUAGUUACUUAUGUGAUAGUACACAACUACAGAACCAGCUGAACUUGACACACUCGAAUUGACUCGUUGUCAGCUCUUAGUUCCACACCUCUGAGAGGAACAGGAAAUGCAUUAUGGGCCACAAGUAAUCAAAAAGAAGUGUUUACAGGGAAGGCUGUCAGACUACUUUUUUGAAAUUGCAGCUCGUCCUAUUCCUUUUAUAAUAAACUCACUUCAGGUAGUUCACGAACACUGAUACAGGCUUAGAAAGAAAUCUUAAGUCUUCCAUAGCUUUUCUGUCAGUUUCUGUCCACUGUGUAUUAUGGAGGAAAAAAGCAAUAACCUUUUUAAAAAUGGUGUAUUGGGAUCAUCAAGCCUAUUGAAAUAUUGGCCUGUCAUAUAUCUAACAAACUGAAUGUCAGGGAGCUGUUAAAUUGAAGUAGGACCAGAACAAUUUGAUAUUGAUUCAUUUUUAUAUAUUUUCUGAAACUUGGACAGGUUGACUUCCUCUUCAGAAAAUAUAUAUAAAUGAUAAGUGGUGUUGCUUGCUGUUGUUCUAAAUGCUCGUCAAAAUCCAGUGGUAGUCAGUAAACUGCAACACAAGAACUGAGCGCGUGGUUCAGUCAUCAAACUCACUGGCACUGUACAGAGUUGCACCUCCAGCUGUGUCAAAUAAUGAAAGGGAUUUUGGGCUGUAUAGCCACUGUUUAGGAGUGGGCUUAUCUGUUGUCAUGUUGAGCUUCACCGAUCUCCUUUGGCUCCUCAGGCACUGAGACUGUAGUUGUAGUUGUUCAGGAUCAGAGGGGAAGACUUCAGUCUAGCUAUUGUCCCUUUUCAUUUCACAACUUCCUAAACUCUGCACUAUAAUGUCUCUGGCUCAUGUAUUUGGUGACAAGGCAAAAAAAAAAAACUAAAAACUUAGAACUCAGGGUAUAUAGUGUUGAAAGUGGUCUCAUUGGACAUACAGUACAUCUUAUGUCCAUAGUAUAAUUGUGCACUUCUCUUCAGGUGGGGAAAGUCCUCAGUCAGUGGUUCCCAAACAUUCUGCCUCAAGGUCUCAAUGAGCCCAUAUUUUCCACAGAGCUGAAGCUUGAAGAGCACUGGAGACCAUGAACUGAACCAUGAUAGCAGAAAUGCCCUAGCUCCUGUUUUGUCCACUCUACACACAACCUCACAACCCAACUGUGAACCUCAGAACUCUACUGUUUUGUACAACUAUGAAGUAAAUGAAGCUAGCUAGAGCUGAUGUAUCUAUUGCCAUUUAUGAAUUUAUUUUAUAGCAUGAAAUAAAAAUAUAUUUAUUCAAAUUAUAUAUUUUACUCAUAAUCAUUCUGUGCUGCUUCAUUUUGGUUCUUAAGCUUGUAAAUUGCUUUUUUAUUAUAUUAAAAAAAUGUC